GUUGGGACGAUUGUUUAGAAGGAUCGGUUUGUUUUAUCUGUAAGACUAGUAACUUUCAUCCACGUGAAAUCAUUUUACCAUAAAAGAGAGAGAAACAUCUACUACCUCAAGUUUGAACUUCUUGUGGAAUGCAAUAGAGCAGUUUGUAAAUGUGAAAUUUAGCGGAUGCAGCCGAAACGAAAAUGGCGGCGAGUACAAACUGAAGUACUAAAGUGGUACUAGGCAACCAUGGCUAUUGCUGGCUGUGAUUUCCGACAAGGAGGCGUUACGUUUGUGUGUGCUUUUGUGACCAUCUAAUUUAUAUCAUGGUUGUUACUGUGUUAAGAGGAACGUGGUUUGCUAGUGGAUAAAUACGUCUCCCCACCAUCGAAUUUUAAUUUGACCGGUUGAUGAACAAUUCCUCGUUGAAACAUAGUCAUUAACGAACCAAAAUGAACUCUACAAAGUCUAAAGACGCCGACAAGAUCACAGGUAAGACGUGAUUAUGCUGACUAAUCUGUAGUUUCGAAUCUAAGAAUUUUUCAAACUUUUAACGGAUUCGUUAAAGUUAGCAUCUUAAAUUUGAUGUAGCUUAGAAAACUCGGAUUGUUAGGUAUUAAUGAACUCAUCGACGAGUCUCUCAAGUGAAAAGACCUCCAUCUACCUUCAAUAUACAUUACUUGCAACGCACAAAUACGUAAUGUAUCGGCAAUGUCGCUAAAUUGGAAAACGAAAUAACUAUAGGCGCAAUUGUUCUCCUUUUGUGAGACGCAAUCGCGGGUCAUCCGGCUAAAAAUACAUGCAGUGUUGUUGAAUUGAACCCUCUUAACGAGGAAAAUUCGAUAAUUUUUAACACAUAUUUACGGGAAAACUAUGUUGCUUUUUGAAUUGAUGUAAGAACAAACUGUUCAAGCAGGUAACUAGUCGAGAAUUUUUGGCCGAUCGCAAAAUGUAUUUGAUGGCAAGGUCAGCUCGGUCAACCUUGGUUUCCUAUAAAAUUGUAAGACAAUAGUUAUUCAUUUCACACGAAGGUUUCCAUUUUUCUGUGAACGUUAGCUCAUAUUUAAUCGCAAUGUUUAUUAUUUAAUGAUUAACUCUUUUUUUAUAAGCUGUAGCUAUGAUAAAUAGAAGAAGUGAUUUGAGGCUUCGUCGGGAUGAUGUAUUUGCCAUCAAAUGGUGAAGGAAAUCGUUCAACAAUUUUGCUAAUUGAAUACUUCACGGGAAGCGAUCGAUUUAAUUCGAACGACUUUUUGUCAAGAACUCACAAACUAUUCUUUACUACGUCCUCUUGAAUGUUUUACGUGGACUUGGAAGACAUUUCAUGUCUUAAGUCUGUAAAUGAGUGGACGAAUUCUUAAUUUGUAAUUAAAAUCUCAAAAUAUCUUUAGGGUGAAAUAUAUCGACGAGUCAUACUGCAAAUAAACAAGUCAAUGAAGACAAGUCCUGAGUAACUCGGAGUUUGAAGGCCUUAGUUUUGCCAGUUUAAAGAUGAUUAAAAUAACAUUUAUUUUCCCUUAUACAUCUCGAUAACAUUUACUGACUUGCUUUGUUUUGUUAUGAAAUAAUUAUUUCUUAAAAUGAAAUCGCUACGCUCUGGUCAUGUUUUCCCUAAGCUAAGGUCGAAAUUUGCAUUUGAAAGGCUUCAGUGUACACAAAGGUCCAGGUCCCAUCGCGAUAAUUUAAGGUUACAUUCUGGAAGCCCGAUGAACUAUUCCACUGACAGUAUUCUUUCCUUUUAACAGAGGCAUGUUGCAUGGCCUUCACACCACAGAGCUCGCCUACCCGUGUAAGUAUAACCUCUUAUGUGAUCUGUUUUGUCACUCCAAAGCUUGGAAACAAAUUCUGUUACAUCCAGAUUUCGCUGAGAUUUGUAAGCAUGCCUGCUCCUUUCUAAUAUUUUUUAUUUGGAGCCAAUGGAAUUUACUUGAUCCAUGCUUACAACGCUUGAUUUAGGUCAUCGAUUUAAUGACAUGAAUUGUUCAGAUUUUGUUUAUGUCUCUGCUGUUGUCAAAUUAGUCCGGUAAUUGAUAAAUCGCCGGGUAGAUUGUGACGCGAGAGAAUGUAGGCUAAGUUAAUUUCAAAUCUCACACCAAGUUCGAAGGAUUUGUUUACACAACUUGGAAGAUUCGAUCGCUAGACGUUUAGUUGACUUUGCUGAUUUCUAAAGCACGGAGGAUACUGGCCGAAUGCACGUCACGCGAUCGAAUCUUUCUGAGGAUAUCUUGGCAAUUAUUCAUGUAGCAAGUCUGUUCAGAUAAAAAUUAAGACCAUUUUGAACGGAAAAUCCGGUCAUCUCUUGCAUAUUUUAUACAUCCCUGGUCUGAAUAACGACUUGGAGUUUGUUUGGUUGAGGUUUGUAAAUAACAUUGGCGCGCGUAUAUCGCUGAACAGUCGUUGUUUUGGUUCUUAUCGUUGCAGUCAUCAGACCCUCCUUCAGUUUGUUAGGUUCUUAUAUCAGCCAACUUGAAAGAAAAAUUAAGUUCCAAAUUUGUUCGUGCCCAUCUCGUCUCAUUUAUGUCCUGUCAUUAUUUACCUUUGUUUAGUUUUCCUUAUCAAUAGUUAUACAUGCCAUCUUGUUUCUAACUCAAAACACUUUUUAUUUAUAUUUGAUUAACAGUUAAAUAAAUCGGCGCAUCCUGUUUUUCUGUAUUUCAGUUAUUAUAGUUUGAAUUGUUAAAAUUUGCUUUCAUAAACUGAUUAGUUUUUAACUUUUCUUUGUAACAUUUUUUUUGUAUCUAAAUUGCCUUGAUUUUCGAAGACAAUCAGUAUUGAACAGUUGAUUUAUGAGCACUCAAGGUAAAGUUUUUUCUCAAAUCUGAAUUUCAUUUCCUCUGGAAUUUAAGCAUGCCUAUGUUGACUUUUUAUUUUAUUUUUACUGCCCAGAAUCCCUAUUUCAAUAAGGAAGGAUAAUCAUAAUCCAUUCUGAAAAUUUCUCAAGCAGCUUACAGAACUUUGUAUUUGUUACUGAAGAAACUUUUAACCUCAAUGAACUUGAUGAGAAAUUUUAAUACACUGCACCUUUUGUCAUAUAUUCUUUUUUAUAGUUACUUAGCGGUUUUUUUUAUAAGCAGUGAAUGGAAAUGCUUGUUAGAGUUCUGAGAAUAUAAAAUUGGAAAGAUUGUCUGCCUUUUCAACAAAAUCCCAAGAGUUUUCAGCAUGUCAGGAAGUAGACCUCUUACAGUAACAGAGAAGCUGACAAUCUACAAAAAGUAUAAGGCGCUUAGAGGAUAGUUAUACAGCAGUAUGUAUACAGGUGUAGAUUGUCACAAUUUCAUUCUCCUCCUAAGAGACCUAUUCCUUUUUAAGUCUUCUGUUGAGUUCAUGGGGUUCUAAGCUGAACUGUUUGCAGACUUGCUAUGUGGCUACCUGAAAUUGUGUAAUGGCCUGUGGAAGUAAAGGAAACUUUGUGAAAUAUCACUUGACAGACUAAACUGCUUACCCCAUUCCUUGCCUAUAGGGCAAGAAGUAUGGCUGGCAUUCAUUUUUGGAGAUUUGUGUGGCAUCUCACUGUGAGAUACUUGUGCAGUUAUGGAGAGAGAGGGUUAAAUUUUUAUUGGCAUGAUAGAGCAUGAGUAGUAUUUUUACUAGAAAAUGUUUAUCUCGCUUUGACUGCAAAGCACACAAGCUAAGUUGUAAUAACAUUGUGGCUUGCUUCAUGACUUCCUACCACAGGUUGCCAAAUUGGCAAGUACUGUUACAAAUUUGGUUGCCCUUUUUUUUUCCUAGUUACCAUGGUAACCAAAAACAGUUGCAACUUGGAGUGCUGCUCUGGCCAAAUUUGUCUCUUAAAACAAUUUCCUGCAUUAGCCUAUCAUUGUGUACUAUUUGUUAAUUUUUUUACAUUUUUCUUAAAUGUUUUUUUUCUUGUUUCAGGGUGGAGAGGUGAUUUUUAUAACAUUUUCAGAUGAAUUUCCUCUGCCAGAUAAUGGAGACUUUUAUAUGGUAUUUGAAGGAAAAAAACAGCGGCAUGUAACAACAGCGCAGCAAAUAAAUACAUUCACUCUUCGUGCCAUUGUACCAGGUACAUCAUGAACUACUUCUCUCGACACAUUAUUGUUACCUAGUGCAUAUCCUUUAUUGACCAAGCUGAGAUCAAGAUGGUUAUUGAUGGUUAUAUUGGUUAAGUUCUUUGCAAAUUUAACCCUCUAACUCCCAAGAUCUGAUUGUUAAUUCUCCUCUCCACUUGUUACUCAUUUCCUUGUAAAUCAGUUAUGAGAACUUGGUGCUAGAUCAAGAUAGCAGCUUCGACCUGAUAAGUUUGAAUAUUCUCAUUACCUUUUUGCUGAAUAAUGUAUGGAACUGUUAGAGAGAAGGCGACUGUAAUGGUACAUCUUUGUUUAUGUUUUAUUUGUUUUGUAUGUCUUUUGCUGCUUUUAGUGACUCCAUUACUGACAUUGUCCAAAAAUGACAAAUUUUGUAAGUUAACCCCGUGCAAUUUUUCCCUUGUGUGGGAUCAAAGCAGGCAAUCCCAAGGAGGCAAGAUAGACCCAUUUUGCCCAGUAGGGUAGCCAGUAAAAUCACAAGUUUUGUUUAAUAAUCUUCCCCACAAUCACUACAAGUUACAUAUCAAUAGAUGAUAUUGAGGGACUAAACAUGACACAUAAUGAGUGUGUAGAAAGUAAUGAAUUGGAGUGAUGCACUAGUAUUAUUGUAAUGGCUGUAGUCAUGCAUGUUCCUAUAAUUUGAAAAAAGUCAGUUGUGUUGAACCUGUUGCCUCUCCCAGUUUUUAUUCAUUGUGUAUACAACAAACCACAAAUAUUGAAGAGAGAGAUUGAUGUAGAGAAUUCUUUUUAAAUUUCCUUUACCUUACAAAAGUCAUUUUCUUUUACUCUACAUAUUAAUGUACUUUUAUUAUGCCUUUUGCUUCAUAUCUCUUAGAUCAUGACCAAGCAGAGAAAGUUACACUUACUGUUUAUUGUGCCCAGGAAAGCAAAGUCGGACCUCUUUCAUCGCACAAGUUUUUAUACCUGCUUGAAACAGAGCAGAUUAUUGCAAAACUUUUAGCAGACAGUGCAUCAGACAGCAAGCUGUUUGAAUGCUUAUCAUCGCUGUCCUUGAUAUCAAAUGCAGUGUCCAAGGAGUACAGAGACACCUUAGAUUCCAGAAUAACAAAUGCAUUUGAAUUCUUGGAUUUGUCACCCACUUGGUCAUUAUUUGGAGAGAAUGGAGUAGAGAACUUUCAGAAUGAAAAUGGUAAGUCACUUAGUGUGGUGUUUUAAAUGUGUGUAAUUCCAUUGGCUGAGUAAACAAAAUAUAUGUGAAAAUUGUUUUUAUCAUGCAUUGUUGGAACCAGGGAACGGAGUAUGUGACUUUUUGUGGACAGUUGUUUUAAGUGCUCCACCAUUGCUAACCUUUUCCCUUCCAUUUUCUGUCAGUAUAUUUCCAGUUGUAGGGCAAAGUCAUUACCCCUUUCACUCCCAAGAUCUCAUUAGUAUUUCUCUUCACUGUCUGUCAUACGGUUCAUUUGAUGUUAUUUUGGAGAAUUUGGUAUUGGAUCAACUAUGAAUACCAUAAUUGAUAUUUUUCUUUAUUCUCACCCCUUGUCUGCUUGAUGUUGUAUUGAUAUUGUAAGGAGAAAGUCUGCCUUAGUCACUCAUAAGAAUUGAAUGGUUAUUCUAUCUAGAAACCAUAUCAAUUAUGUUUUUUGUGAUUUUUGCAUGACGUGCAUGUGAGGUGUGUUGAGUUCACAGUAAGUUUAGAAGCGAGGUAUAAUGUACUAGUGGUGUUUGAGAGAUACAUGCAAACAGUUUUUGAAGUCCGUUUCAAUAUUAAACUGAGGCCUUUUCAUGUAGCAGGGUCAAGUUUUCAGUGUGACUAAUUGAAAAAAGAUUAAAUAAGAUUCUGACAUUUUUAGCAAGCAAAGCAAUAACGUUAAAAUAUUAUCAUUAGAAAUGCCACCACUCAAGAAAUUUAACUCUGUUUGAAACAUGCAGACUUCUUCAGGUUGGGCUUCUUUCUAUUCCAAGUUGGUUACAUGUAUGCUGUCUGAAUAAUGUUUAAAAUUAUAAAUUUGCAGAAUGAAAGGUUCAAAUUGUUUUAUACUAAAUAAAUAAGAAAUGAAGAUGACUUCUAGAAGACAAUUAUAUCUGUUCCUGGAGAGGUGAUUUUCUUGAAUGACUUCAAGGAAAUGUGUAUUCUUUCUUUGGUUGUUGCACCAAUAACUUACAUGAUUUUCCAUCUAUUUCUUCAUCCCCAGGUCAGGAAACAUUACUCCAUCUUUCAGCACGUCUAGGAUUUUCUCAACUGGCAACAUAUCUGCUUGACCAGCCAGGAUCAAUGGAGGCUCUUCAUAUCCAGGACAAGUCAGGCAAAUUACCAGAAGAAAUAGCUCGGGAGAAGGGAAUGAAGUUACUUGCUGACAUGUUUUCAAGGUUAACAUGAAACUCAGUGUCUCAGUGUCUCAGAAAGACCUCUUGACACAAUAGACAUUUUUCUUAGACUUAUGUAACCAAGCCUGAAUGGGAGUAAAAUUAAAAUUGUUGUAGCAGCAAACUUGUAGCCUCGAAAAUGUAGUGAGAACCUUCUAUGCCCCAGUCAUUAUCAGUAAGAACUUUAUCUAGUGCCUUUGUGCAAGUUGUUAUGUCUAAAUAUAAUUUUUUACCAUUUCUUCCACAUGAUUGCUUGUUUGUAUGAUUAAUGAAAUGGCAUUCUGUGUCUGGAAUUCCAAAAGUUUUGCCAAAGAGUUGUAAAAAUGGUCCAAAAAUUGUUUACUGAUGGAACACUGCAGUCUAUAACUUUUCCAAUUUCAUGACUGGCUGAUAAACUUGAAAUUCUUAGUAAUUUUUUUUACCCUCACACAGAGGUCCAGGUGAUUGUGAAAAGAGGACUGUAAAAGACAUGUCUAAACCACAAGUCAAAAAAAGUGAGCUGGGUACCACCACAAUAUCCAGUUAUAAAACUCAACAUCAGAACUCCCUUGGUGAGUAUUAACACUUUCAACCCUGAGAGUGACCAGCAUCUACAUGUAAUUUCUCCUUACAAUAUAACUGCUGAAUCAUUUAUUAAGAUCAUGAGAAUAAAGGAAAUGAUCACCAACCUUGGAGGCUUUGUUUAUUAAGUGAAUUCUCAUGGUCUGUACCAAAGGCAAUGUGUAAAGAAGAGUAUGGAGAAUUUAGAUACUGAUGUCACAGUGCAUAAUGUUAAUUAUGUUAAUUAUGUCUAACUGCAAUUUUUGUACAAAUACAUGUAAACCUUUCUGAAGAUUGGUACUCAACAGUUUAAUUUUCUUAAAAGAAUCAUCAGUUGGAAAGGUACACAUUGUACAACUGGAUGGUGUUUCUCAAACUUUGUGAGUGGGACCUUGGUUCUUUAUGCUUUGAUCUCAAACUUAUUUAUUGAAAUUAUUUAUCUUAACAGAAAAAGAUAUUGAAAUGCUCCAAAACAUAAAUUCAUUGGUUGAAGAGGAAGUAAGUAUGAACAUUAAAAUGAUGAAAUCACUGUAUAGAUCAACUGCUCUACCUAGCAUAGUUCAAUGACUAAAUUCAUGUCUCUCUCUUCAUUAAUUUAGAUCCUGUUAAAAAUUAAUUUUGAAUAGUCAUGUCAAUACAAUAUUAUCUUAGGGAAAUAAACCAUUGAAAUUUAUAUUAUGUUUAUUGCUACUUUUCUCUUUUAGAUGAAGAAAAGAGUACCAAAGUUUCGUCAUUCAUGGCCAGUUCGAAGAAAAAAUAAGGACACAACAGGUCUGGCUGUUGCUUUACUUCUUUUUUCCAUGCUGUGAUGUGUUGUUGAUUAUCCUAGCAUCUUUUACUUUCUUGAUCUUGGUUUCGAGCAAAUUGAUGUUGCCAGGAUCUCUUGUAAACAAAAUGGUUCCUUAUGAUUUUCAUAUUUCAUUGAUUUAAAAACUGACCUUUUAAAUAUAUAAUUUUUUUAGAAGAUGCAUCUAGCAGUGAUGAAGAAAUAAAGCAAAUCAACAGGGAGCUUUCACCAAAGAAGUUCACAGGUCAGCUGAACAGUAUGACAUCAGCAAGGAGCAGUGGAGGUGGUAAUAGGCAACUGUUAGGUAUGUUACUAACCUACACGCCCUAACAUAAGUUUUCAUAUUCUCCCUACUGCUCUGUAUAGAUUUUCCAAUGUGCUAACAAGGAGAAUUUGUGGUGAUCAUUUCCUAUAUUCUUGUGACUGAAAUGUGUGAUUCAGGGGUCAUAUUGUAAGGAGAAAUUAGUAGUCAGUCACUAUGAGGGGUCAAUGGGUUGAAUAGUACAAAGAGAAAUGUAGUGUGGUGGGUUGUGAGGAGCAGUUGGUUUCCAGCUGUUUUUCUGUUCAUAAAAGGACAAUAGGUAAGAAAAGAAAACUUAAAAACUGAAUGAUUGUAGAUUUCUAUGUUACAUUUAUCAAAACUGAGGUUAUGAUUUUUUUUUAAUGUUGUUUGUGCAUUGCUUUCAGAACAAAAUCUCAAGAGACUGAGAGACAUCAAUGAAGAAAUACAGAAGCUCAGGAUGGUUAAUUCACAGAGAGGCUCUAGAGAGGUACAGUACUGAAAGGAGAUACAUGUACAAGUUUAAAAGUGAGAAGAAAUUGUCAAAAGUUCUUUUUUUACAUCUUUGGUUUUCUCCCAUAUUUUAAACACAAAAGAAAUUUUCAAAUGGGUAGAGCAAGCCUGUUACCCAUAAAAAGAAGUAGUACAGGCCAUUUUUCUCCAGAAAAGGAGAACAUUGCAUCUUCACGGGCCAUCUGGGCUUUAUUGAGAUCCAUAAAAAACACAAUAUCCAGCAAACUUGACAAAGUAAGCCUGGUCAGUAAAGGAUAAAAGGCACAAAAUAAUUUCCCUUUGCGGACACAAAGCUGGUUGGUUAUCCUGGUAAGUCCAUCUUACCCACUAGAACAUUCAUUCAGAACACAGGACUCUUUUUCCAUUUCCCCCUAUCAGAGGUGCCUCAAACCAAAAACCACAGAAAAGAAUUCAUUUUAGUUUAGUUUUAACAAAGUUAGUCGUUAGGUGUUCUCCUAAGAGUGGUUUUUAUCAUGCUAUUAAAUAUCACAUUUGUCACAUUCUAGGCUGGAAGAGGUGGUAUGCAGGGAAAGAAUUUACGUCGCUUGUCCUGCCCAUCAUUAAGUGCACAGGACCUACAACAAGCCCAAGUUAUUGCAGGUAAAGGAACAGUUUGAUAAAUACCAACAGAUGAGUGCUGAAAAUUUCAAUUCUUUUGUAAUUACCACUAUGCGGUUUUCAUUACUUCUAUCACAUUCUUACCAUUAAUUUCUCCUUUUUAUUGUAAUCUCAGAUAACUUAACCACAUGUUGUAAAUGCGUGUGUCCUUUCAUGGUUUUAGGAAUGAAAUCUAAGGAGGAGAAAUCAAUUGUGAAUGGUACUGUUGAUCAAAAGGAUCGUAAAGCAAGCCCUCAUGGUAUUAAUCUUAGAACUUCUCCAGAUAGAACAAGAGAAACUACUCAGAGACAAGAGGAUACCUCUAAUAGUGCAGACGAUAAACUUCUUUCUGUGGAUUGUAAAAGUGAUGUACGACGGGCGCAUAGCUGGGGGAAACACGAAGAGAGGCCUGAACUGAAUAAGAGGGUUAGCUCAAGCCUUGAUGAUUUAACUAAAGAAGCUGACUGCGAAGAAAAAGUUGAAAAUGACAAACCACGGAGCAGGAUACAUGCUCUCAAAAACAAAAGACCUGUAUCAUUGAAUCUUGACAGUCCCAAGGAAGAGGGGAACAAACUUGCAGAUAUUUUAGAUUCUAUAAAGAAGGCCAGUGAUGAUAAACAAAACUUGGGUAAAGCUUCGAGCAAUGUGUCGAUAACUUCGCUAACAGAUGUUGAUGUCAAUGUGAAUCAUAAGGACAACGGUCUUCUUGCUCCAAACAAAAGUAAUCUCCAUACAAAAUCAUAUUCAUACAGUUGUUUGGCUGAUCUUAAACUUGGAGAAGAUGGUAAGUAAUGACAAGAUCUUAAUGUAAAGAAGGUACACACAUACACUGUAGGCGUGGCACCAUGAGAUAAGGGAGAAGGUGACCUUUCCUAAGAAUAAUUUGGUUUUAUCAACUGAAUUGAUAGCGUGAAUUGACCACCGUACAAGGGUGUAGCUAGAGAGAGUCCUGGGAUGCCUGUGACCCCCUUCCCCCUUUGUAAGCCUUUUUUCAAUACAAACAUGGCAUGGAGGUUGACAUGACAGUCCGGUAGUACCGUCUGUUUGACACAGUGUGGACCCCCCCCCCCUUUGAAAAAUCCUGGCAACGCCCCCGCCGUAAAGAGUUUCUGAAGCUGACGUUUCGUUCCCUUCUUCAGAAACUCUUAAGGUGGCAAAUUUACAUUUAUCAACUCAGUUGAUAGAACACAAUGUAUUACUCCAACAAUGCAGCACCACAGCUUUUUUAGAAACUCAUACCCAUUAUUUUCCUAAGAAUACCCUGCUUUUAUUAUUACAAAAUUUGUUGUCUAUCUGGUCAAUGAAAGCUGUGCUCUUUAAAGAAUCGUUGGGUGGCUAGUGACCAAUGUCUUGGAUAUCCAGGGCACUGUCUCAUAAAGCUUGAGAAUUAUGACUUAAAGUUUUAUGGGUUGCUCAAAGAUAAAAGUUAGCGAUUUGUGGCCCCCAGUCUCCUCUAUAUCACAGCCCUGACCGUAGACGUCCCUACAAGGCAUUGGGGAUUAAUCCUUACUAAUCCUUUAGUUUAGUUCCCAGGGCCUCAGGCUGAGGUUUACAGGUUAAAGCUGAAUAUCGAAAUAAUAGAUUGUUCUUCGGGGUAAAAGAAGAUAAUUCAUAGUUCAAGUGUGAUUUAAACAAGGUCUUUGACAUAUUUUUUUAAUGUAAGUUAAUUUUUUACUGUUAGGAAAUCCUAUAGAGGACAAAAAGCUUGGGUAAGUAAAAUAUGAAAUGAUUUUCCUUCGUCAAAAGUGAUUUUACCUUUUCUAUUAAAACCAAUUUUUUUUUAAAAAGUGUGUUUAUAGCAAAGAACCUUUAUUUGAAAUUUUUCUGCUUUUAGUUUUCUCCCCUGGACUGUUUUUGACUCUUUUAUUUAUAUUACGUACACCAGUCUGUAUUAUACACUUGAGUCUGGAUUGAGAGGUCCCGUCCCAACCUCUAGUAAGGUCUUAAAAUGAAGGCGAGACACUUUACGCUCAUAGUACCCCUCUCUGCCCGGGAACAUAAAUGGGUACUGGCGAGUAUCGCGUCCCAUCCAGGGGUGGGAGGGGGGGCUCUUCAUGCAUUAUUAGGCGUAUAUGCCUCUGAGACACAACAACCUCUUUCUGUCACUUAAACAAAACAUUUUUGUCUGUAGAUCCCAAUUUAGCCCCGAGAUUCAGAAGAGAAGUCUUUCCAAGGUUGAGACACAGAUGUCUUUGAUGGACUUCUUGAAUGAUGAGUGAGUUCUGCUAUCUCUCUUCGUAUUAACUGAUAAAAAGAAGGUCAGGUUAAACGUAAGCGAACCGAUACUGAUAUGAAAUAUGUUAAAUCUUUAACUUUGACCUGUGAUCUUAAACGACAGCAUUAAAAAUAAUAACCUUCUGUAUAUUAUAACUUUUUUUUUUAUCUCGCCAUCCAAAGUUCUAACCGUUAAAAAUCUCGCAAUAUUUUGGUUGUUUCCAUUUUCAUGCACCUAUAAAUUAAUUUUGUAACUCUUUUCAUUGUUUGAAAUUGAUAUUAGGUUCAUCUUUGAACGAAACUUUUAAACAACUUAGCUUAUCACUAUUCAAUCGUUGAUUUGAAUGUUACAUUAAGCAGUUAAUUUUUUAAAACGGUUCAGAAAAAGCUUGAAGGUUUUAACCUUAAAGAACAACAUGAAAUAUUUUAAACUGAAAAAGACGCUCUAUCUAUAAUUUCCUUCUAUACUUACUUUGCUAAAUUUUAAGAGAAAUGUUAAAACUUUAGGAUAAAUCAUAUAACAUGUCUUGCAUUGCCUUGCCACCAUUCUCUUGUUCAGUCAAAAAAGACGACACCUGCGUUUAACCGCUAAAACACCAAAGAAGUGGAAUUCCUUGCAUGCUCUAGCUACGAUAAGGUAAUGUUUAAAGAGAGAGACAACACCGAGUACUGUGUUGAAUUAAAUGCUAACUAAAGAGGGCAUGAGCUAAGAGACUGGAUCCUUAUGGCCUUAUUCCUGAAUUAUUUUUAGUUCACUCCCUCGGUCGCAGAUCUAAGGAGAAUCCUGAAACAGCCAAUCAUGUGUCGUGUGCUCACUUGAACAUUAAAUACAGCUUCUAUUUGGUCUCCAUCAAAACACUCCGGAAGACUAGAUGCGUUGAGUGUAAACGUAUUUAAUAGCUUAAAAGGGAUUCCCAUUGGAAUAUGGCCUGAAGUGAGACUCGGUUACUACUUUUGCUCUUUGUUUGAUCAGUGGAAAAUCGCAAAAACUAUCAAGAUGAUAGUUUAUCGUGUGUACUUUAACAAUCCUAAAAGUAUAUCUACAACUAAACAGACGCGUAGGUUUCUAUGAAUUUUUUCUUUCCCUUUUUUUUUUUUGAGAAAAAAAACCUUACUUUAAAUAACAUGAGUUCUAAACCGUUAAACCAGAAUUUGUAGUGUUUUUUGAAUGUAACAGGUUGGUUUUUUUUCACCUGAUUAGUUGGACAAAAUGGGAUUGUUAAUAGAUAUAGAGAUCCUCAAAAAUUUUUCUAACAAUUGAUAUUUUACUUUGGAGACUUAAAGGAUUUUUGGAGUGUGACUGAAUACUUGAAUAGGGCACUCACUGUCAUACAAUGAGUUUCUUGUUUUCUGACUGGCCAUUAAAUGAAAAUUACAACAAGAAUAUUUUUUUCAGACAGCUAACAGGAAGGGUGGCUUUUAAGGCUGAUACAUUCUUAAGGAAUUUUAGCAGCGAAUUAUGGUAAAAAAAAAAAAAAUAUAAACGAUUUUCCACAAAUGCGAAUCUUCGGUAAUACUGUGGUGUUAAGAAUUCUUAACGACGAAAAAAAGGUUCUUGUAAGACAAGAUAAAGAAGUUUAGUUUAUUUAUAUUGUAUGACAAUUUUUUUUUGUAGGGAAGCUCAAGAGAAAGCUAGUAACAGAUUGUCACUGGAAGAAUUUCUCGGCGUAAAGUGAGUGGUUUAUAGAUUAUUCAGUGAAAUGUUUGCUUUGGUUUCAUAAUGCGCAUGCUGGAAUAUUCUAUUACGACUAAUCUGUGGAAGCAACGCUUGGUUGAAAUAUGAUAUCUGAACAUAUCGGUGGGUUUCAGUUGAUAACUUACUUUAAACCAUUUACAGUCAUACAUAUUCGAGUUAUCGAAGUCCUCUUUUCUGUUAACCCAGCUUUCACAUCGCUGUCGUUAUUGGAUUCGGCAAUCUUUCCUUCGCUCGUUUACAAGUCGUGAACUCCCUGGAAAACUUAAUUCAAUAAUUUACAUUUAAAAAAUGUGCAUUUGUAAUAAUUUGCAUUAAAAAAGGAACAUAUAAAUGUUUCGACCCCCUUGAGGUUGGCAAACUCGAAACUAAAAACCAAUUUAGUUUCGUAAUUUCACGUUUUGUGUAUAUGUUAAUGUUAAAAAAACGAGAAAUGUGUAGUUUACCUCUCUGCAACCUACUGUGUUAAUCCUAUAAGUGAUGUUAUGUUGCUCCCAUUGCAGUGGUCCAGAAUUAAGUGCGGAUGAUUCAGAAGAAGCGGAAAAGGUAGAAAAAACUUUCUUUUAUUUCCUGGUUCAUGUAAUAUUGCGAAAUAUCUGCACUGAUUAUGGUAAAUUCAUAGGUAUUUGGAAGGCAUUCUUAGUGAACAAGCAUUAGAUGUGUAACACAAACAGUAUUUCAUCACAUUUCCAGAAACUGAUACAGUGCUCAGCGUAUUAAUUUUGGCGUGUCACAUAUGGAGUUAAUAGGGGAUUUAUGAAGUUUACGUGCGUGAAAUGCGUGGGAAUUCUGUACUCGCGUGUCAAACGCGGGUAAUGCUGCCAUACACAAUAGUGGCACUGUAGCUCGUCAAGAGUCCCCUGUGGCUCAGCGGUGAAGUUUGGAAUCCAUACGAAUGGAUCAGAUGUUUUCUUUGUCAUGCGUUCGAGUCAAUUGUUUUAAAAUGUGAAAUCAUCUGAAACUCUGACUCGAGUGCUAGACUUGUCACGAUAAUCCAUGCAAAUGGCCCACUCAUGUAACUUCCUUUACGCUCAUUGGAGGUCAAUAGCAUAGAUUGUAGGUUGAAUGACCACUAUUCAUUUCUGUUUGCUUUUAGCGCUGCCUUGCGUGACGUCUUAGUAUGAUAUCAUAAUUCGAUUGUUCUAGAUUUUGUUCUGAAGUCGAAAACAAUUUUUAAUGUAGUGUCGAAAGUCUUCCGGGAUUACAUGAGAUAUUACUCAUGAGCUAUUACUCGCUUACUUAGGCGCUCGAAUUUUCUGCGCUUCUUGAAAUCAGCUUUUCUUAACUUUAAACUCCCAUUGCUCCUUGAGACUUUUCAAUGUAUUUUCAACAUAUAGUGUACGUUUCAAUGCUUUUGGGUUUGAAAUAAGUAAGAAAUGAUUCUUUGUAUUCAUAUUGCGUAGGAUUCUUUAAGGAAACUUCGUUUUCCCCCAAUUUUAGCUUAAGUGGUCAGAUGAUGAUUUCAGCACUCCUUGGCCGUUAUAAAUUAUCUUGUACUGAAUUUCACCACUCUUUUCAUUACAGGAAAAGCAGGAACCUGGAAAGGGUAUCAGACGCUUUAGCAUGCUGUUUGGAAGCAAGUCCUCAACUAAGGUACAAAAUUUAGUACUGUUUUCUGUUUAUGCUCAUUGGUUUUGUAGUACUUCUCGGUUACCAAUGCCCCAGAGCAGCGCCUGAUGGUUUUUUUUUAAUCCAUUUCAGCAGAUAAAACGAGAACUUCCAAAGAUUCAGAAAGGGAGCAACAGAAGCAGCCUUAGAAAAGAAAAAAGCUUCUGUAAGUUUGAUACUCAUGUCAACGAUAAUUAAUUUAAUUGUAUUGAAUACAGUUGUUAUUUGGCAGAUGUAUAUGAAUGGAGACUACGCAACAAAAUUUCUGGCAGCAAUAAAGGGAGAAAGGAGUUCUGUGCUUAAGACAUGUUAAGAUACGGACUAUAGACCAAAUUGGCGCAUUCAUUUCUUGUGUUUAGUUUGUGCAUCCGUUGCAACUUCACCCUGAAGUUUUAAAGUUUUAACUCGUAGGAGUGAUUUACAUAUAUAACUUCAUAUAACUUCUCCCCUUUAACAUUCACGAAUUAUCCAGCAAAGUAGUUGUUUACUUGAUGUUAUUCUAAAUUUUCGCAACCAAUUUACAAGGAAAUGUUUAGGAACUAGAGGGAAGAAUUUACAAUUAGAUCUUGGGAGUUAAAGGGUAAACCUUUCUCGUUCUCUAGCUGGUAUUCGUUGCCCUUUCAGGUUUUUUCUAUUUUUUUUUCUAUUUGAGGAUAGUUUUGUCUGAGGUAAACAAAGAAGCGAGAUUUCUUGAUGUAAUUUUUUAACAGUUUUAGUGUGUUUUAAAUAGCUUCUCGGAGUAAAGACAGCGAAGACGGUAAGAGGGAGUCUGGGGAUGCUAAAGAACAACUCAAAACUGCGUUGGGAAGAAGAGCGUCGGGAAUUCCAAGCAAGUUGUCCAAGUCUGGAGAACAGGUAUGUAAUGCCGGACAAAGCUGCUGCUUCACCCGUUGGUUUCUAUCUGACUCAGGUGAUGUACUGGGUACCUAUCGAGCUUAUUGAAGUCAGAGACUAUGGUGUAGUAUUAUUCCUCUUCGUUAAGAAAGCUCUCUGGUCUUUUUCUAGUCAGUCGGCAGUGGUUUCAAUUAUAGCCAGUUACCGGCGGUCUACUCCUGCUCAUAAGACCUCUUAUCGCCGUCUGUUGAGUCUGCGCGCAGGCUCUCGUGUUUGAGUUUUGCCUUACGGCCCCUUUUCCGGAAAAAGUUAUCUAUAGCCUACGUGUAGCUGUACCCUCCCCCAAGGUGAAACGGCCUCCUCGCCUUAAAAAAUAAGACGAUAUUCAUGCUUUUUUUUAAUUGGCUCCAUGGUAUUUACGUGCGACUUGCACGAUGACUUGUGAGUUUUUAGUAAAUUAUGUUGACCUUUGAUAUCUGUUGAAUAAUGUUGACUUCAUGUGACUUGCCUCUCGUUUCAGGUUCCGGUAUUACCUAACCCUGGAUUAUUAACACGGGGUGGUCGAGGCGGCGUGUCUUCCAGAUCCAGCAUGCAGACCAAACCAACUUCUCCUCUUCCAUUUCGAAGGUACACCCUGAAGUGGUAUUGUGUCGUGGUAAUUACGUUAUGUGUAACUUUAAUCGCUGUGUCAGUAAAUUGCUUCGGCAACUUUUUUUGUUUCGUUCUUUUUAAAGUAAGAGCUUCACAGUGGAUGAUGAAAACAAAGACAAAGACAAGGGAAAAGAGAAAGAUAAACCCAAGUGAGUUUUUUUUUCUAGCGGGCUUCUUCUUAAGUAACACAUUGUGGUGAACCUUUGAUUCGAUGGGGCAGAGUUGUGUUCUUCAAGGGAAGUCAAAGCUUUAAUAGAAGGAAAUCUUAGUACCACUUUAAUAUACAAAUUGCAGCCUGGUCAGACUUUUGACGUUCUGCUUUUUACUUUCUUAGUUCGAGUGUGUCACCGGAUGCGUCUGGAGAUGACGAAGAUUAUGAUGAAGGGGGUAAGUGUACAAUCAGUCAGUGAGAAAGUUGUUCAGUUUGUUGUCAGUGAGUAAGUGAGUGAGUCAGGAUGAGUCAAUCAGUGAGUCAGUCAAUGAGGCAGUCAAGCAGUAAGUCAAUCAGUGAGUCAGUCAAUAAGUUAGUCAGGCAGUAAGUCAACAGUAAGUCAGUCAAUGAGUCAGUCGGGCAGUAAAUCAAUCGUUGAGUCAAUCAGUGAGUCAGUCAAUGAGUUAGUCAGGCAGUAAGUCAACAGUGAGUCAGUCAAUGAGUCAGUCGGGCAGUAAAUCAAUCAUUGAGUCAAUCAGUGAGUCAGUCAAUGAGUCAGUCAGGUAGUAAGUCAACAGUGAGUCAGUCAAUGAGUCAGUCGGGCAGUAAAUCAAUCAUUGAGUCAAUCAGUGAGUCAGUCAAUGAGUCAGUCAGGCAGUAAGUCAACAGUGAGUCAGUCAAUGAGUCAGUCAGGUAGUAAGUCAACUAUGAGUUAGUCAAUGAGUCAGUUAGGCAGUAAGUCAAUCAGUGACUCAGUCAGGUAGUAAGUCAAUCAGUGACUCAGUCAGGCAGUCAGGCAGUAAGUCAAUCAGUGACAGUCAAUGAGUCAAUCAGGGAGUAAGUCAACAGUGAGUCAGUCAAUGAGUCGGUCAAGCAGUAAGUCAAUCAGUGUCUCAGUCAGUGAGUCAGUCAGGCAGUAAGUCAAUAAGUGUCUCAGUCAGUGAGUCAGUCAGGCAGUAAGUCAACAGUGAGUCAAUUAAUGAGUCAAUCAGUCAGUCAUUCAGUCAAAUGAAAAAAGUGGGUAAGUUUCUAAAGAAACUGUUGUGCUGCGUCGAUGGGAGAGUAUAACAGACUAUUUUAGUGGUAUUAACUGAGUUGAUAAUGUAAAUUGGCCACCUAUAGAGUUCACGUUUCGAGCGUUUCGAAGGUGAAGGGCUAACGCUCGAAACGUUAACCUUUAAAACUCUUUAUGGUGGCUAAUUUACGUUAUCAACUCAGUCGAUAACACUGAAUUACCCAGUCAUUCAGUCAGUCAGCCAGUGAGGACGCCAGGCUAAGUCAAUCAGUGAUUGAGUCAAUGAGUCAACGAGUCAUUCAAUCCCCUAGAGAGUGAAUGAUUGAGUGAAUCAGUCAGUGAUUCAGUUAGUCAUUGAGUCAAUCAGUCGUUUGUUCGUUUGUCAGAAAGCAGGGGUUUGAAUUAUGGCUAAACUGUGGAAUCCCCACCCCCCAUGGCUGUCAUUGAAUGGCAACAAAGAAUCACAGUAGGAUAAAGUAGAUAGAUAGAAAAUUCUAGAGAGUUUUCUUUCUGUGUGGCGUCAAAGCUUUAUAGCUGCACCUUUCACUGCACUCAUCUAGUUUUCGUGAAUUAUUUCCGCUGUUAUCUGAUGCUUCUGUUAUUAAAAUCUAAGUCUAUGUUAUUACCAUCUAACGUUUUACACUUUCUUUUUGUUCUACAUUAUAGAAAUGGACGAUGAGGUAAGCUUUCAUUAGCUCUUUAGAUAUUUCGAGACAUCGUGCUAUUGUAGUCUUCUUUCAAAAUAUCAGUGAAUAGAAAUGAAAGUUGUAUCACCAAACAUUCUUGAAUGUUUACAUGUGUGGUUUCUUUCUACUCGUAACUGAUCGCCAACUUACUCAUUUGAGCCUGAAUUUUGUUUAUUCAGCAUCCAGGCGAUCCUGAUCUUGACAUUAAACCUGAACCAGAAGCUUGGAGCGUUAGCAUCGACAAGAAGGUGAAGUUAUCGAGUACCUCUUGUUUCUGUUUUACUGUAAUUGUUCGAUCGCUCCUAGCUGCAAUCUCUUGCGAUAAUUUGAAAACAGUCACCUGUUGUGAUCCGGGUAUCGUCUGAGAUCUCGGCAAGUGAGAUACAUCCGGCAACAGAAUAUUCUCUAUCGCAUUCCGCGCAAGAUAUCUGUGACAGUCAGUCAUUAUAUGAAAAAGAUAGUUUGGUUUUACAAAGUUUGGUUUUUUUAUAUAAGUUUAUAAUGUGAAUUAGCCACUAGUUUUUAGAGCUGACGUUUCGUUAGAGCGAAACCAGACUUUGCCCUAGUUCCCGGAAGUGAUCGCUACAUAAACCCCCCCUUCAAAUUUAAUAAACUGUCAGUCAUUUAAUUGACAAGAACUAGGAAGAUUGUUGUAUAUUGACAACAUCAAACUCCUUAGACUAGCCUGCUAAGUACUAUGUUAUCUUAAGUUGGAACUCGACAGUGCAAACUAGAGAGCUUGUAAACAGUCGCCUUACGAUGUUUCCAUUUCGUUCAUGUCUUCAGAUUCUCAAAAGGAUGACAGCAAAAGAUAUUAAGAGACAAGAUGUGAUUCAUGGUGAGACGGAUGUUUCUUGGCCUGCGAGCAGAACCCUUUUGUUUAGGUUGCAGGACGUGCGUUUCUCUGCCCGCGGGAAGAUUCGAGACGAGUCGCGGUAGAGGUUUGCCAGGGGUCUGGCGCUAAUAUCAGUACCAGACCCCUUGUAGACCUCGCCGGCUCGCGUUGCUCAUGCUUCAUACUUUCCCGCAGGCGAAGAAACUCUCCUGUCGAAGCGAUAAUAAUGAAAGCUUGCUCGCAAGGUAGAUGUAUCUUUAAAAGUUGUUGUUUCCUGGGCAAAGUGAAACUCUGGGGGUGAUGUGUGGCGGACUUGUUUUACAGUAAUUUACCUUGUAUUAUUUUUGGUUUCUUUUAGAAUUAAUACAAACUGAAGUCCAUCAUGUGAGGACUCUAAAAAUUAUGCAGAAGGUAAGAACUAAAGAACCGAUAAAUCGCUCUGACGGGCAAAUUUUUCAUAUUAUAGAGCAGUUUACAACCAGGUGUCGGAAAACCAAAACUAAAGUAAAUGUAAUCACAACUACCAAUCAGAGCAUACGGUAACAUCAUCAUUAACAAAUGGGAACUCAAAGUAAACACGGGCAACCUGUUUGAAGCGCGGGAAAACGCGGAUGACCCAGUCGGGAUUGGUUUAGGUUUUGCAUUUGAUUGGUUGAGAGGUUUGCGCGAGUAUUCUGGACCAAUCUCAAAGCAGGACCAAAGCAAGUCGGGAUCAUUUUCGUUGCUCAACUGAAAACUAUUCUAUCACCUGAACGUGUUAACUUUUAACUUUCUGACUCGAUCUUUUGCAAUCCUUUUCUAUUCCUACUAUUCUUAAAAAUCAUUUGUAUUGCACCUCUCUGCUACUUAAUGAAAUCAAAAGCUGAAGUUUUUAAAUGUGUUUUUUUUAUAUAUUUUUUCUUGUUUGCAGAUAUUUUAUAAGGGAAUGUUAGAUUAUCUGUCGCAAGAGACUGCUUAUCAGAUAUUACCGAGACUCGAUGACUUGCUUCAGAUAAAUGGUGAGUUACUGCAAUUUAAACAAAUACUGUUCAACUCAAAAGCGAGGAUACGUUUGAAGGCGUUUUUGGUCGAUUGUUUUAAUCAAUCUUGAUUUGUGUCAUUGCUAUUCACAUAGGCGACUUUUUAAAUCGACUGAGGGCAAGUGAAGACGAAGAUACUAUAGUUAACAGUAUUGGAGAUAUCUUGGAAGAACAGGUAAGAAAACAGGGGGAAAAAUGCAAAAUGUACCCGAGGAAUAUGUAUUAAUUGCAGUCUUCUCGUUGCAUAACAGUUUAGUGGAGAAAACGGUGAAAAAAUGAAGAGUGCGUACGGCGAGUUUUGCAGUAAUCACAUGGAGGCUGUUGAGCUUUAUAAGGUAAAAAUACCGAUAUGAUGCCGUGCCUUCUCGUGUAACAACUAACAUGUUCAAUUUUCGUUUAGUACGGAAGAAAACGUCUGCUUUUUGAUAAGAGAAGUUGCGAUUUUCUUUUUUAUUCAGAAAUUACUAAGAACGGAUAAAAAGUUUGCGGUUUUUAUCAAGGUAUGUAUCAGUAGCUUAACGAGUUAGUGUAAAGUACGUUGGAAUUGUAGUAGAACUUGUUAAAAUACGCAUUUCUAGAGAAUGCUUCAAAAUGUCAUUCAUCAUCCUCUGGAGCAAUUUUCAAGUGAGUGUCGAAAGUAAUGCGAGAUUACUUGGCUUUUGUUUUAAUUUGCCCUGUGAUUGGCCAGAAACUCGGGCGAUCCACUCAACCAAUCAGAAACAAAAAGGAAACCGAUCGCGAUUUGGUUAUCCGCGUCUUCCUGCGCUUUUCGCUGUUAAGCUGGUUUUACUUUGAAUUCUCAUUGGCAAAUAAGGAAGUGAAUCAUCGUUUUGAUUGGACGUUGUGAUUACGUUAGUUUUGGUUUUUCAGUACUCGGUUUAAGACUGUGCUAUUUCCACUUUAUUACUAAUAAGGUGGACAUAGGGCAGACGGUAAACAGUUCCCUUUGAAAGGUAACUGUUGACCGUCUUCAUCAAAAUUAGUAACGAUUAUCAGUUUACACUCUAAUCUCCAAUAUUAUGGCCCAGUUACCUAGUAUACUUGUCUAUUCAAGGUGUAAUGUUCACUGAAUUACAAAACUGAGUUAUUACUACCUUCAUCUAUUUUUAAAAUGCGUUUCUUUUGACUAAUUAGUGUCAUGAGUAUAAUUCCCAAGCCACACGUGCCUGCAUCGCGGACCUACUAUUUUUUUGUAUUUUGAGCAGAAGUGCAACGCAAACAAGUACUGUCGACGGCUGUCAAUCCCAGAAUGUAUCACGCUUGUCACUCAGAGGCUUACCAAAUAUCCUAUGCUCAUCGAAGCUAUCGUGAAAACUACUAAGGGUAUGUUAUUACCUUUACACCCUAACAUCAUUAUGUAUAAUCUCCACUCUGUUCCUUAUUCAGGUCUUAAGGUUCUGGAAAAGAGAAUUUGUUUAACAAUCAAUAGCUUCUUUGGUUACUGAUCCUUUUUCAAAUUCUCAAGACCUUAAUGUUUGAUUUAGGGGUGUUACUGUAAUUAAAAAUUGGAUGCUGUAUAAACUCUUACGUUUCAAAUGGUGAAAUUAUUCCGCGGAGUACAUUAUAUUUCGUCGUAUAUAUCCAACAUGACCCAGUUUAAUUACCCUUUUCAUUAUUUCGUACAAGUUCGUGAUGUGCGCAGUUUUCUUCGCAGUCUCCUCCGCAGCCGUUGUUUGGCUUUGUCACGCAACAACCUAUCACUUGUAUUGUGUGACAAAGACUAAGAACGGCUGUGAAGGAGAGUCUGAUAUGUGGGGUAAAUUUUUGUUUCUUGAAUGGUUUUUUUCUAAAUUUUCUAAUUUCUGGUCUUGGUUUUGCAUCCGACUGAUAGACAAUUUGCAAAGAGGGUUCUUUUAUGUCCAUUUAGAGUCCUGUCUAGGCUAUCAUCCAUUUCAAUUUAAUGUUAUCAAUUUUGUUACUGGUUUUUUUUUUCUUUAGAGUCCAAACCGGAUUUUAGCUCGCUCAAGAACUCCAUCACUCUUAUUAAGGUAAGGCCGCCUCAUAAUUCGCUUCGAUGUUAUUCGAAACAUGUGUGAAGAUAUAAGAACUAUUUAAUCUAUCAAAACGAGCGCCCGGUCGUAGUUUAGUUACAAUUUGAUUUGUUUGUUAUUGCGUUUAGAUGAUAUUACAAAGUGUCGAUCAGACGAUAAAGGAUUACGAAAAACAGAAGGUAUGUGAUCAAUGCACUGUGUAACAUACGCUUACCCAAUCUUAUCUCCAGGCAUUCUCUCUUGCUUCUUUUAAUCACGCGCGGUAUGGUUUGUUGUGUGCAAGUCUCUUUCGGUGACGUCACCUCUCACAAUAGGGUUCAGGUUUAACCGAGCCGAGAACACCAAGGGAGGGCACUUUGUGAAGCCUGCGCACACUCUUUGAAACAGCGUGUGUUAGUAGGGCGGGCUUGUAAAAUGUGACUCUCCUGAUAAGAAGAGUUGUGAGAAGGUCUGCUCCACCUGUCAUUCGAAGUUGUGCCUUUCGACUCGACGAGCUCCAAAACUAAAAAAAUUAAAAGUUUAAUGUUACUGAUAUGACAGUGGCGUGUAAUACUGAAGUACGGUAACAAUAUUUAAAUGUAGAAUCAUUCUCUAUUGUAGUUACUUCAAGAAAUGAAAUUGAAGCUGGAUUUGAAAGUAACUGUUAACUUCAAGAAUGGAAAAGUUAAGGUAAAAAUGGUGUCGAUUCUCUCCAAAAUGCUUAAUUUGAAAUAAAUAAUUGGAUAAUCAUCCAUUUUUCUUUUCCACCAUCUAGAUAAAAAUGUCCACCAGUUUCCCUUUGUGACGAAUCACCACCAGAUGAAAAUUUCAGAGCAAUUAAACCGAAGAUUUCUCCUUUUUUAUGUUUACUUGCAAACUUUUGUUUUCGCUAUGUUGAAAACGUAUUUUGUAGAACAUCGACUUCGCAGCAAACACAAGCAAACUGGUGCACGAUGGUGUGUUAUUGUGGAAAACAGCCAAGAACAAACUGAAUGGUAAAGUGCUUACCCAUUCUAUGGACAUUGUACUCGAUUAACUCUUUCACUCCCACAAGUGACCAAGACAGAAUUUCUCCUUACAAUAUCAAUACAAUACCUAGCAGGUAGUUUGUGCGAAUAAAGAAAAAUAUCAAUUAUGGGUUUAUUAGUAGAUCCAAUACCAAAUUCUCUGAACUAACAUCACAAGAAUUGUAUGGCAGACAGUAAGGAGAAUUACUGAUGAGAUCUUGGGAGUGAAAGGGUUAAUGGCAUUCUUUUGCACAAUUGCAUAGAUAUCACAACUAGAAAGAGGGCUUUUAUGGAAAGUUUUAAGUGAAUUACUAUAUACUCAGGAACCUUCAUUUCACCUUUCGUGAAUAGUAACUUUUAUCGAGGGUAGCGAAGUCUCCUAAUCGUAAAAUGAUAAAACUGCUCGAUAAUAAUUGGUCCGCUUAACCAAUUUUGCUUAAAUUCAUGGUGGACUUAUGACUGUUUUUGCGUUUUUCUGCUCAAGUUACAGUGGGCUAUUUUAAUCUGCAGAGCAGACGUAAUUUUGGCGGGCGAGUGCUUAGUAUUAUCUAGGAGAAAAUUAUAACCGCCGUCUUUGAUUUUUACCGUAGUAGAAAGCUGGGGAGAGAAAGAUAUUUGUACCAAGGGGGUGAGCGACGGUCAUAAAAGAAGGAGAGGAGGGAGGAUGGGGCAAUGGUCUUUUCGCUUUUCCGCGCCCCCUCCCCCCUCCCCCCACCGUCCAUUCUAACUCUAAAUCAAACAUGGCCAGUCGAAUAAGCGGUCGCGAGCCUCUUAACGUUAACUUGCCCUAAUAAGACGCCUGCACUGCAGGCUAGGGCUAUUUACGCACACUGUUUCUUUACUAAAAGUUCUACUAAUCGUUGUCAACCUCGUUCUUUUGGUGUUUCCAAACGUUAUGUUUGAUUGUUAGUUCACUUGACCUUGCAGAAACUCGAGUCCUUGUCAUGGAAGACAUGUUGGUUUUCCUCCAGGAGAAGGAUCAGAAAUACAGUUUGCUGUCAUUAGAUCAGAAGGUUAGGAGCGUGUUUACUUAUGUAACGGAUCGAUUUCCUUCUCAUGUUUUUGUUUUGUUUCCGUGAAAAUGUUAUCAUAAAAUGCCGAAAUAUUUCUCUCAAUAAGUUUUGCUACGGUUUCAACAUAUUAGGUUGCCACAGUAGUCCCUAAGUCUCUUUGAAACACCUUUAAUUUAGCUUUAUGUGCCUGUUACUCAAAGACAAGCCUGGUGACCCCUAAUUAGCAUGUGAUUUUCAACGUUUGCUCUGAAGGUUCAGAGCCACCUCAGGCGAAGAAUAAAGGUAGCUCUGAGCUUACGAUAAAGUGUUUUAGUUAUCGAUCCAUCAUAUUAUUGGUGUUGAAAAUUAUGAAACCAUUUUCUCAACAUCGUUUUUAUUCUUUUGUUAAGGCCCCAGUUGUGAGGCUUAAAAAGCUCAUUGUGCGGGAGGUCGCAACUGAUAGAAAAGCCAUCUUUCUUGUGAGCCCCAGCAGUCAAAUACCAGAGAUGUACGAAAUAGUGUGCGAAUCGGCUGCCGAAAAGAAACGGUGAGUGCCAAACUUUCACUUUUUCUUGAAAAUAGUUUAAGAGAAUUUGUGGUCGCAUAAAUGAUACAUACGGAUGAAAAGUGUGUCAAUUCUUGUCACCUGUUUACGAGAUGAUGUCUCGAAACUGUGCAAAUAAUUUUCUUUUUUUAUCGUUUCUGAUGGUUAGGCCCGGACUAGGUAACAUCAGCCACAUAACAACAGCGAUGUAAAGAAAAGCUGCGAUCUUUUGCACCGUCGUUUUAAAACCUUACGCCCCUACAUCAGUAUGCAUAUUAUCCAUUCUGUUCUCUGUACAUUUCCUAACGUGCAGACAAGAAUAAUUUUUUUGAUAAUCAAGACCUUCUUUAGUUGAUGAUCAUUUCCUCUAUUCUCACGACCUUAAUGUGUGAUUCAGAGGUGAUUUUGUGAGGAGAAAUUAGAUGUUAGUCACUCUUAGGGGUUAAAGGGUUAAACCUUCUUUAUAAGAGGUUCUUUGUGUUUGGGUAAUGUUUUCACUAUGUACUGUUGCUUGUGUGCGGGUUUGACCACAUCAAGUCCUUUAGUUAACUAAAGAGAUUGUUUGAUAUCCGCUAAAUUGAGGAAAAAAAGCAAUGGUAUGGGGAAAAUCAAACAAACAGAGAAAUGAACGAAAAUCAGGUAUUGCUUAGCUGAGCUUUUGCAUUAGCACCAUUGUUUUUGUGAUACCGUCAUUUUCUGUCGCUGUUUCCUCCAUCUGGCGAUGUCUUGCAUGAGUGCAGGGUUUAUAUGUUCGCGUAUAACCUCUCCUGAUUGUUUUCAGUUGGAUGGAGAUAAUUCGCGAUGCUGUGGCCAACGCCCCAGGAGAUGAAAGUAAGUGACAGAUUUUUAUAUUGAAACUGAUUUAUGCCAAUCGGGGUUUACAUUCAAUUCUCGUUUGCCGGCUGUGCCAAGCAUACCAGAGAGUCUGACAGAAGUAGUUAAGCUUGCUUACCCGAUUUACUUCACUAAACUUCAGUGUGUAUAAGCAAAUAGUUUUGUUUUCAGUUUACCAACUGAGUGAAUUUAAUAGGAAACGUGGGUGAUUUUCAAUGAAACCUUUUUUUUACUUCCUGUAGAUCUUGAUGACUCUAGUCUCAUCACCACAGCUGCAGGCGAACGAAGGAAGAUUAUAUUACGUAGAGCCAGUGUACUUAUUGGUUAGUAUUCCUCUUUCUUCAUCGCUUUCAGUGUAAUAAUUUCCUUCAAAUGAACAGCCUUUGCACAUGAAUCCUUUUUUUUCCUGUCCUUUCUUUGCUUUCUACAUGUUGACAUGUGGUAUUCGUUUUGUAGAUCAAGUACACAACAAGGACCUUGAGGACGCGGAUAGAGGAAAACAUUUAGCUGAGAUGCAGGUCAGUGUCUGAUACUCCCAGCAAAACAGGUGCUAAUUGUUUUUUAUUUAGGCAAGCGGAGGCAAAGCGCGAGGCGAAAGCGAGUGUAGCUUGCGAGCAAGUCCUUAUUAUCAGCACUGAUGGCCGCGCGUUUCUCUGCUCGCGGGAAUAUUUGAAGCGAGUCAAGGAGAGGUUUGCUAGGGGUCUGGCACUAAUAAUUAUCAGUACCAGACCCUUGAAGACCUCUUCCCGUUCACAUUGCUCAAGGCCUCAGACCUUUCGUGGGCUAGUUACGCUCAAGAGCCCGGACGCUUACUCUUGCUCGCCUGACCACGUCGAAAUGGUUCGCUAGUUCUGAAUGCAGAUUCGCACGCAAGCACAUUAGCACACGUAACUCAUAAACACGUCUAAACGCUUAUGGAUGUGCUCAGACAACACAACUUUUUAGCUGCAAUGGGAUUGACUAUCCGUUGUUUCAUAUAAUUGGAUUUCCAGAAAAGAUCGACAUCGACACAUGUCCGCUUGCGAAUUGUUUUCAUAGCCUUAUGAUAUUUUUCCUUUUUCAGGAACUCGUCAGUCAAAUAGAGGCUAUGGAAAAAGAAAAGGUAAGUACUGUAAAGAACGCAAAACUAGAGAAGGGCCAUGAUAAGCUCAAGGUCUUGUGUAUUGUUUAUCUUUUUUAAUGCUGUUUCUUUAUUGGCGCGUGUUCUCCUCUUUUCAGUCUAAAGUGGAUGCCGAUAAAAGCAAAGAACUGGCAAAGACGAAGUAAGUGGAUUUACCCCGUUUUUUAACCCGAAAACCCCUAAGAGUGACUGACUGAUUUUUCUCCUGAUUGUCAUACAAAUUCUCCUUGUCAGUAUCGUAGGAAUUGUGAAGAAGUCAUUGUUGAGAAUAUAAAAGCUAAUGUUAGGGUGCAACAAAAUUGCACGAGCCCGUAGUGCUCGUUAACACCAAAUUGCGCUCGAAAUCGUGUUAUUUCAUAUCACUCGUGUUACGUGAGAAUGCAAUCGUUUUCAGCAAAUCAGAAGCGCGUAAUUUUUCCCGUACAUCAUUAUGCACAUUCAUUUAUUGGCUUUGUUAGGGAAACAGUUUUAUUGAUGUCAGAACUCCUUUCUAGUGGGUUGGUUAACUUUUACGUCUAACAUGCUGAUCUCAUUUUGUUUUCAGGGAGUGCCUGAUGAUCACUAUGCAACAGGUGCAAUCUACAUUAUCCAGUGAGGAUCCUUCAUCUGAAGAGGCUCAAAGUGAUACUCAAGGGAGCUCCUCGUCCUUAUUUGUACCUGGAAUUGGACCCAAGAGGGCCGAGACUUUUAGUGGCUUCGAUAGCAAACUCAAACCCGAUAAUCUCAACAAAGACAACAUCAAUCGAGCGAGCUCUAUGAGGACUGAGAGACCUGGGAUGGGUUUCCCAUCCAGGCAGUUGCCGGGUGCGGUCAGUCCAGCUGGUGGAGCUAGUCCAAAGAUGAAACACAAGCGGCGGUCAAGCGGGGGAGGUGGAGGGUGGUCGUUCUUGAGCAAGAGCAGCGGAAAGGAGGACAAGGAACAGAGUGGAAGCACAGGUAUGACGGGCUUCAUGUGGCAUACAUUUAGCAGCACCAACAAACUCUAUAUUUCUUAAAAGGGAGAGGGUUUGGUGGAGGAGCCAUGAAUAACAUUAUAAAUAACGGGUGCGGAGUAGACUCUAGACUCUGUCCCUUACCAGGACAAACCCGGUAGCAAGUUAGUUAUUUAUAAACACAAGACAAGAAAUGAAGUUUGAGUGGUUGAUUUCUUUUUUAUCCAUUUAUCGUAAUUAUUAUAUAUUCUCACCAUCUUUUCAGGUGAUUUAGCUUCUGAUUCGCCGUCCUCAUCUCCAAGUCAAACUCCUACACCCUCGCCGCUGCCCGGGCAAGAGGUGAUUUUGUAAUUUAUUUUUGUAGUUGAAAGGAAAUGCUUUGGUUUCACGAUAUCAUUUACACAAAAAAAAUUAUCGACCUUUACCUUUGGUCUAUCUGAAUGUAUAGAGCUAUUUUAAUGAUCUUUACUUUAACUUUUUCAACAGCCUGACGCCGCUACAGACAUCGACGGGUAAGCUGGAUUAACCCGCUUCUAGUACUCAACUUUUACUUGGCUCAUUCAAUUGUGAUAAUAAUUAUUAGCGGAAUGAUUCGUUACAUUCCGUGAUUCCCACCAAGGAUAAGGAUGACGUUGCUGUUAUCGUCGAAGCAUCGUUACUUGUGCAAUAUAAUGCACUUCUAAUUUUAAAUUACUAAAAUGAAAUGACCUCUAAUAACUUAAAUGUGAUCCAGGCUUGUAGCAUAUCGUCCUACGCAGGAAACUGCGAGCUCCCCAUAUGCCACUUAAGAGAAAAUUAAGAUAUUUUUAUGUGGCAUGAGGCUCUUGUGUUAAUGCUAAGCUAUUUUUUUCUUGUCCUCUUUAGUGGAGUUAAGAGUGCGCGCUUUAGACCUGUAAAAGAACAAGGUGGCAAUACGUCACCUCCGUUGCAGAUCAAAGCUGACCAUCAACAAGGCAGGCUCAAGCAUAACCUCAGGGAACAAGUACAGCAACUAUCGUCUCCGCGCGCUCAGCGCCAGACCCGUCCAUUUAUUAUUGACGAGGAGGACAAGGAACGAGAACAAAAAGACCAGAGUCCAGAAGGUGCUACCCAAGACGUUAUUUAUUUCUGAUAGGUAAGGCGGAGUGGGUUUUACGUUUUUAGAGCUGAAGUGCCCCCCUCUCCCCCCUCUCUUGAUAUUUAAAAUGAAACAUGCGGAAGUGACGUCAAUGGGCAAUUAUUUAGGGGAAGGGUGGGUGGGGAUAAUACCUUUAAUUUUUGUUACAAGUGGUAAGGCUAUUUGAAGGCAAUGAGAAAAAUUUCAACCAAACAUUCUGGUUUUUCGGUCAAAAAUCUCAUCGAGAAGGGGUAGUGUCCGUGAUUAUGUUUAUGGGCAAAUAUAAACUUUGUAUUAUUCAUUAUCAGACAGUUGUGUCCAAUUUUCCUUUACUGAUCACGAUUUUUUUUCUCUGCAGAUAUGGCUAUGACAAAUACUUUUUUUUCAUUUAGGAGAUAUUCACAUAAAUCAAACUUAGUGAAAAAGUGUAAAUAGAAGCGUGCGAUCAGAAAAAAAAUGUAUGUACGUUAUAAAAUUCUUUUGUAAAUUGACUUGGGUACAACAAAGUGAAUCAUCGUUUUAAUAUAAGGACGCAGAUAGUUUAACAAUGACAACACGUGAUUUAUGGUCACUGGUUAGAAAACAAUCGGAUAACACCGUAGCGAUAGAUUUCAAUCACUUAUUAGGUAGACGUUGUGUGAAAAGGUAUUGGUAAAUACGUCAUCUUUUUCAUGCUCUUUAAAUCUUCGUAGAUUUCGUAUUUCUUCUCCAUGCGUGAAAGGGGUGAAUAAAUCCUAUUUUUGUACGAUUU